CUGAGAAAUGGAGGAACAGUGCUGGACUACAUGUGGGAGUCACUGGAAGCUACCUUCACCUCAGUCCAGGGUCGGAUGUUCAACCUGGAACUACCCUCACCUCGGUCUACCUCCUGUAGGAACCCACGAUGGCUCAUGGCAGGGUGGUCCUGGACAGGGACCGGUUCAACUGCUCGGUGUGCCUGGAUGUCCUGAAGGAGCCAGUGACCAUUCCGUGCGGCCAUAGUUACUGCAACGACUGCAUCCGCAGCUACUGGGACCGAGGUGACCACCCGGAGGUCUUCAAGUGCCCUCAAUGUCCGCGGACUUUCGACCGCAGGCCGGAGCUCUGCCGAAACACAUUACUGGCCGACUUGUUGGAAAGACUCAAGCAAAGUGGACACCUGGAGGCGUUGCUGGGUCAAAGUCUGGCGAAGAGGAAGGACAGGGCGAUCAGUCAGCAACAGGUGAUGCGACGACUAUUGGACAAAUUAAACCCGGAUGACCAGAAACUUGUCCAGGAUGAGUUGGAUUCCAUGAAGGCAAAGACAAGGGUUUACAGGAUGGCGUUUCUGGCGAUAGAGAAGAAGCAACUUGAGGAUGAGAAGCCGCGGAUAGAGAAAAAGAUGAUCCGAGACCAAAAAAGGUUGGAGAAGACCAAGAACAAGGCACGGGAGAGUUUGGAAGCGUUCGAGGAGAAGUUGAGGAAGCAAGAAAGGCAGGCGAAGAAGAUGGUUGACACCAGUCAGGCUAAAGUCAACAACACCCAGGAGGAACUGGACCAGAUCAUGAAGAAGCUGAAGGACAAUGACCGGGAGUAUGAAGACCUGGUGCAAGAUCGCCUUGAGGUGAUCCGUGCAUGGCUUGAGAAUGGAAUGCCGCACUGUUCCUACCAGCUUGGAGAGGGCGAGGCCCCGAGGGACCAGGGUCUGAGGGACGACGCCGAGCCGGUCCCGGCAAAGAAAGCUAAGGACACUUUCUAAAGUCGUAGCUUUUGGAGUCAAAGCUAAUUUAUUCUCUCUCAGUGUACACAUUUAAGUUUGCUAUGGACUAAUUUCCUUUUGUUAGAUCCUAGACCUACAAGGCAAAAACUAUAGUGUUGAAUCAACUCCGGCAGAGUUCAAUCGUCAAUCAAUCAAUGUUUUUUUAUAUAGCCCUAAAUCACAAAUGUCUCAAAGGACUGCACAAACCAUUACGACUACGACACCCUCGGAAGAACCCACAUAAGGGCAAGGAAAACUCACACCCAGUGGGCAAGGAGAACUCACACCCAGUGGGACGCCGGUGACAAUGAUGACUGAGAACCAUAGAGAGGACCACAUAUGUGGGCAACCGCCCCACCCCCCUCCCUCUAGUGGACCGAAAGCAAUGGAUGUCGAGCAGUUCUAACAUGAUACUGUGACACAGUUGAUUCUGAUACCUUUCUAAAGGUUUGUACAGUUCCAAACUCUACAGAGUUAACUAAUCAACACCAUGUCAGAGUUCCUUUAUGUCCUAAAAUAGUCAAGCUCGUUAUGGUGACAAGAAGUCGGGUUCCCAGGUGACCCGGUCAGGCAUCUGGGAAUCUCUUUGAGACUUUUCUCGUUUUGAUCAUAUCAGUUUUACUCACAGACUUUGCUUCAAUAUCGAGGUGACUUGCUUUCCCGUGAUCUACGUUCCCAUCCUCACCUAUGAUCAUGAUCUUUGGGUUAUGACCGAAAGGACAAGAUCACGGGUCCAAGAUCUACGUUCCCAUCCUCACCUAUGGUCAUGGUCUUUGGGUUAUAACUAAAGGACAAGAUCACGGGUCCAAGAUCUACGUUCCCAUCCUCACCUAUGGUCAUGGUCUUUGGGUUAUGACUAAAGGACAAGAUCACGGGUCCAAGAUCUACGUUCCCAUCCUCACCUAUGGUUAUGGUCUUUGGGUUAUAACUAAAGGACAAGAUCACGGGUCCAAGAUCUACGUUCCCAUCCUCACCUAUGGUCAUGGUCUUUGGAUUAUGACUAAAGGACAAGAUCACGGGUCCAAGAUCUAUGUUCCCAUCCUCACCUAUGGUCAUGGUCUUUGGGUUAUGACUAAAGGACAAGAUCACGGGUCCAAGAUCUAUGUUCCCAUCCUCACCUAUGGUCAUGGUCUUUGGGUUAUGACUAAAGGACAAGAUCACGGGUCCAAGAUCUACGUUCCCAUCCUCACCUAUGGUCAUGGUCUUUGGGUUAUGACUAAAGGACAAGAUCACGGGUCCAAGAUCAACAUUCCCAUCCUCACCUAUGGUCAUGAGCUCUGGGUCAUGACCGAAAGGACAAAUUCAAUGUUUUUGGAAAACGUCAACAUGACAAUCAUUAUUUUAAAGACGACGCAAUUUUAAGACCAUGAUACUAUUAUGUUGUUGUAUACUUAAAAACACAUUUGAAGGCUAUGCUACGUAUAACAAUUUCCUUUUAAAAGAAGCUGCAAGAAAACAGAGAGGGGGGGGGGCACCUUUUUCUUUUAAUUGUUUAUGACCGAAUGCUGCAGCAGUUUAUGACCCCCUCCCCUUAGAAACAGCAGCAGCUAUGUAGUCAGAAAAUGCCCAAAAAAAGGAGGAGUGGAACCCUUUCCUCAGAGCGUGGGACGACACAGUACGAGGGUGCAGGUCGACGCGCUCUCCUCAUGAGCUAAAUUGAAUCCUGUCUCUGUUUGAUUCCUUGCUUCUUGUCUAGUUUAAUAGAUAGUCCGGUGUUUAAACCUGACAGUUUUAGUAUAUUUUUAGUUAUAAAAGUAGACAGGGAAAUUUUCAUAUAAAUGAUUUCCAGACUUUCUCUAAAGAGACAGUCAUGAAUGGAAGAAUGUGUUGUUGUUUUGUUUUUUAUGCAUUCAAGUUAAACAAUUUGGAAUAAACGUGCACUGGUCUAAAUUACGGGGGAACAUUUGAGAAAUAAAAGUGUCAGGUUCAAACACCGGACUGUCAUGUCUGUGCGAUUAUGUUUUGUUUUUUGGACACUCAGUUCCUGUUUUGCACUUCCUGGCUUGUUUUUUUACCAUGACAACUCAUUACUUUUCACCUGUCCUCAUGUCUUUCACCUGUUUCCACUGAUUAUGUCACUGCUAUUUAAGCUGUCUGUUUCUGUUCUUUGUCCUGGCAACAUCACCUCCUUCACGCCCUCGAUCACCUGCUAUGCACCUUGUAAUUCCAUGUCAAAGAUCCAUGUCCCGUUCUCGUUUUGUUCCAAGUAAGUUUUUCUCAUUAUUCAUGCCACAGUGUAAGUGCUUUGUUUCAUGUUUAAAGUUAUAGCCUUUGUGCUAGUCUUUUGUUUCAUAUCCCAGUUUUUGUAUCGCCAUUGUGUGCGCCUUUUGUUUGUUCCUGUUUUUAGUUAAAGUGUCAAUAAAAAAUAUGUGCCAACUCUCCUUUGCCACCUCGGGAAAACAACCCACGCCCAAGUCCAAGUCGUGACACGGACUAUCUAUUAAACAAGACAAGAAGCAAGGACUCAAACAGAGACAGGAUUCGAUUUAGCUCAUGAGGAGAGCGCGUCGACCUGCACCCUCGUACAGUGUCGUCCCGCCCUUUGACUAAAGGGUUCCACUUGCCUCCUCCUUUAUUUGGGCCUUUUCUGAUUACAUAGCUAUUUCUAAGGGAAGGGGGUCAUAAACAGCUACUGCACUCGGUCAUAAACAGUUUAAAGAAAAUGUGCCUGGAGUGGUGUCAGGUUUGCCCGUGCUUUGUAGACCUCGGGUGGCUGUUCAAUAGAUUAACCCCCAGCCCCCCCCCCCCACCCCCCCCGACACCGCCACGUCGCACCCCAUCGCGCACAGUGGAGUUUUACAAGCCUUUUGCUUGAUAAGACAAAAGACGGCUUUUGUCUCCUCGGAGGGCGACUUGAACUCAUGGGAACUAUUCGGACAGAAAGAGAGGCUUUUAAAAAAAUUUAGUUGAUGUACAUAUAUAUAUUUUUUUCAUUUUGUUUUUCUUUCAGGUAAAGUAAGAUAAGUGAAAUAAGCAAAUAGAAUAUUUAGAAAUAUUAAUGGUGAUUUUCUAACACUACAAAGGUCCCAAGUUCGAUCCCCGGGCUCGGGAUCUUUCUGUGUGGAGUUUGCAUAUUCUACCCCCGUGACUGUGCGGGUUCUACUCCGGCUUCCUCCUACAUCCAAAGACGUGCACCUGGGGAUAGGCCCCUCCCACCUCUAAAGACAUGCACCUGGGGAUAGGCCCCUCCUACCUCCAAAGACAUGCACCUGGGGAUAGGCCCCUCCCACCUCCAAAGACAUGCACCUGGGGAUAGGCCCCUCCUACCUCCAAAGACAUGCACCUGGGGAUAGGCUCCUCCCACCUCCAAAGACAUGCACCUGGGGAUAGGCCCCUCCUACCUCCAAAGACAUGCACCUGGGGAUAGGCCCCUCCCACCUCCAAAGACAUGCACCUGGGGAUAGGAUGAUUGGCUAUGCUAAAUGGUUCCGAGAGUGUGAAUGUUGUCUAUAUGUGAUUAGGUGGCGACUUGUCCAGGGUGUACACCGCCUUCCACCCAAAAGCAGCUGAGAUAGGCUUGCUGUUUUCUAAGUUUUCAGAAAACCUUUGUGUUACAAUGAGUGCCUGGUGAGAACAAAAAGCUGUCUUCGUAACCCACCAAGAGUAAGGUUCGUGAAACUCCACAGUGUAGGGGGGGAAGCAGCAUGAAGGUUUUCUGUUUUCUUUCAUGUAGGGUAAUCAACAGGAAUAUAUUGUUUUAACCCGAGGACUACAAAGCGCAGAGAAGACAGGAUCUGCCCAAUUUUGAACCGUUUUAGGAACAUUUCUUUGAACUCUUUGACAAACCUCUCCUUUGAACAGUUUUACGACCUUUUCUGUGAACUGUUUAGAAGCCUGUGAAACCUUAGAAGCAGCUGUUGUCUUGUGGUUAGAGAAAGUCCAAAUAAAGGGGAAGGCGUACAAUCUUUUGGCAGAGCGUGCUGAGACACUGUACACGACUACAGUGUGUCCAGGUGUCUCUCCUCAAUUGAGUCCAAAUCGAAUUCUGUCUCUGUAUAAUUCCUUGCUUCUUGUCUUGUUUAAUAGAUGUCACCAGUGUUUGAACCAAACAUGUGUCACAGGUUAUACAUCUUUUAUUAUUGAAAGUAUCAAAUGUGAUGAAUAUUUAAUGGAGCACAAUGGAAACAAGCCUUUUGUUUUUUUGUGCCAUCCAUUUGGAUUUUUAAAGCAUUACAUGGAUUCCAUUCUUUCAGAUGUUAAUAAACUUCUCAAUCAAUCGAUCAA